ACAAUUAAUUAAUUAAAUUAAUAAAUCUCUGACUUUAUUGUUUCUUUUUUGUGUGGAGGUGAGACAAGAACGCUUUUCUGCUUUUCGUCUCUCUGUUUACACGAUUCUUCUUCUUCAUCAUCUAUGUCCAUUGUCGUUUACUUGUCCCUACACUCUCCGAUUUGGGUCUCGCUCAUCGGCGAAUCAGUUUAGAGUGAUGACAGUAUAGUAAUGUCUUAUGCUCAUCGUCAUCGUUGGAUACAUUAUUCUUCACUUAUAUGGAUUUAAUUUAAUGCGGGAGUUCCUAUGUCCUCUCUUUCACCUUUGAUGAUCAAUCAAGAGGCAAUGUGGCAAAUGAAUAUGACUUCAGAUGAAACAAUGGAACCAGGCUCUUACCCUGAACGACCAGGAGAGCCUGAUUGUUCUUAUUACAUCAGAACCGGACUUUGUAGAUUUGGCUCAACUUGUCGGUUUAACCACCCUCGUGAUCGGGAACUGGUUAUAGCCACUGCAAGGAUGAGAGGUGAAUACCCUGAAAGGAUUGGUCAGCCUGAAUGCGAGUACUAUUUGAAGACAGGAACAUGCAAGUUUGGAGUAACAUGUAAAUUUCAUCAUCCUAGGAACAAAGCUGGGAUUGCUGGACGAGUCUCACUCAAUAUGUUAGGCUAUCCUCUACGCAAUGAGGUUGAUUGUGCUUAUUUUCUAAGAACCGGACAUUGUAAAUUUGGCGCCACUUGUAAAUUCAACCAUCCUCAGCCUCAACCAACAACCAACCUCAUGGUUCCCACUUCAGGCCAACAACAGUCUUAUCCUUGGUCAAGAGCUUCUUUCAUUCCCACCCCUCGAUGGCAAGAUACCUCUGGCUUCACAGCAUUGAUGAUGCCUCAAGGAGUUAUAUGGAACCCUUACACCAGUCAGCUUGGCUCAGUUUCUCCUUCAGGAACCGGAAAUGAUCACAACAACUACAGAAAAUUGCAGCAAAACGAGUCAGGCUCAUCUGUUCCGCAAGGAGGGAUCUAUGCAUUACCAAGUGAAAGUGUCUUCCCAGAGAGACCAGGACAACCUGAAUGCCAAUUCUACGUGAAGACAGGAGACUGCAAAUUCGGAACAGUUUGCAAGUUUCAUCACCCUAGAGAUAGACAAACUCCUCCUCCUGAUUGUCUCUUGAGUCCCAUUGGCCUCCCUUUACGCCCUGGAGAACCGUCGUGUGUGUUCUAUAGUCGCUAUGGAAUCUGCAAGUUUGGUCCAAGCUGUAAAUUUCAUCACCCAAUGGGGGUAUUCACAUACGACAACACAGCUUCAGAGACUGAUGAGGUUGUGGAAACAGCAACCGGACAUUCCAGAAGACUCUCAGUGUCUGAAACAAGACAAGCAGCUACAACCUCUGGUCAAGACACUACCAUUGAUACUACUCAUCGGUGAGUGAAGAAACAAAAGAAGAGCUAGAGCUUAAACAAGCUUUGAUUUUUCAAAAAGAAAACUGUAAAUUCACGUUUUUUUUUACAUUUUAAUCUGAAGUAUUUAUAAUUAAUAAUGUAUAGAGGUGGCUAUACAACUGAUCUUGAUCUGAUCGCCAUUGUUGUAGUAUUCUUUUUAAUCAGGUGAAUAAGGUAGACAUUGUAAUUACCAGUCUGGUUUAGAAUUUCUUAUUACCA